UUUGAAGAACACAACUAACAUGUUUUCGUAACGCUUUACAAGGUUUUGAAACUUUUUAUUAACGUUUUAUUUUGUCACGAAAUCACAAAUACACUACAUAAAAUCGAAAAACCUAUGCAAAUAAAGUUCGGCUGGAUCAUUUUGUGGGUUUAGAAUUUUUUAUUAUAAAUGGCCAAAUAUUUAUGAUAAUUUGACAUUUUGAAAGGCGACAAGUUCAACUAAAUCGGUCGCUGUGGUGUACAAAUUCAAUAUGAAUAUCAACAAAGCAGGACGUUCUUACCAGCCAGGGAAAUCACUUGAUUACGAUCUUCGAGAGGUUAUAAUUACAAAGUGUUUUGGCUACGGUGGUGAUCCUUUAUACAACUUUUUGCCUGUGUCUUUAAGCACAAUUGCAGAAGAAGCCGGAGUUGCAAAAAACACCGUAAGGAAAGUUUGGAGUGAAUUUUGUACAACCCGUACUGUUAAUCCAAGAGCGAGGGGUGGUGAUUUCUGCAGCAAGCUAUCUGCGGGAGAUCUGGAGUUGAUAGAGGUUCUAAAGACUACUCGAGGGUCCAUAUCGCUCCGAGAGUUGCAUGCUGUGCUAGAUGAUGUUGGCGAUGUAACAGACAUUUCCUUAUCCGCGAUCUCCAAGGCAAUAAAAUCUAAGUUGUUGUCAGGAAGAAAAUAUUCUAGAAAAAAAAUAACGCAUGUUGCGAGAGAGCGAUUCACGAAUGACAACAUGGUCUAUACACAGCUUUUUAUAAAUUAUCUAUCUGCUAAAGAUCCACAGAAAAUUAAAUUCUUUGAUGAGGCUGGUAUAAAAACACCCGAUGUUGGUACUCGUCUUUACGGUAAUUCACCAGUUGGGCAACGCUGUGUGGAGAUCGCGAAAAAAGUUGAAUCACCAAAUCAAACUCUUAAUUUAUUGAUUUCUCUGAAUGGUCCAGAGCACUACAAUAUAAUCAAUGGAGCUAGUAAUACCAUUGAAUUCUGGAAUUUUUUUGAAGAGGCAGCUAUCGCAGGGAACAUAACUACCGGAAGACCAGCCUUGGAGGUGGGAGAUAUUAUUGUUAUGGAUAAUUUAGCAGUUCACCAUUACGAAGGCGGGGAAGUAUUGGAAGAAUACCUUGCUGACAUGGGUAUAGAACUGAUUUAUACCCCUAGUUAUUCGCCAGAUUUGAACCCAGUGGAGUUCUGUUUCAAUAAAGUCAAAGGUUUGCUGAAUGGAAGGCUGGUAGACAACGUGAAAAACGAUUUAAAGCUAGCAGUCAUGGAGGCAGUAGAAGACAUUUCUAGCUCAGAUGCUAGAAAAUUUUAUCUUUCAACAUCAUAUAUGUUUCCCAAUGUUUAAUACACUGAACAUGACAGGAGCAAAACAUCCUAAAGCAAUGUUACUACCGGUUGAAAUGAAAUAUUCUAUUUUUAAAUUAGUAUAUGAUUACAAAUCUAAACGCAAAUGAAAACGUUGAAAUUACAGUAUAUUAUCGCAGAGACUAGUAUGAUAAAAUUCACAAUUACAAAUAGCUUAAACCUGCAUGCGUAAAACUUAGAAAGCAUUCUGAAAGCAUUCAGUUCAUUCAUUUGUAACGCAACUUCAUUAUGAUAACAACAAGUCUUAUAACAAAUUUUCAAUAAAAGUUCAAAGUUUCGAUAAUAUUAUAAACUCAGGUUUCAGGAAUUCUUAUUUGAGUUAUGCAUUUGUAUGAAAUCCUUUGUUCAGAGAUAGCAAUAAAUGAGCUGUUUCUGUUACCGCACUUUCGUCCUCAGUUUCGUUAGGGUGAACGGAGCUU